ACAUUUUGUAAAACCUUCAAGGUUAACAAAGCAAAUUGGCUUUCAGUUGGACUUAGCAAGUUUCGGUUUGUCUUGUGAGCAUUAGUACUUUGGAUUUGUUUCAUGAAAUCGCGAAAAUUUCCGUCAUGCAGUAAUAAGCCGUUAUUAAUGUGUACAAUGGUACAGAAAACCUUGUCGGUGAUUUAUUUGUGAUCAGUUAAAAGUAGUACUGAUAACAGUCAUUGAUGGAGAAGGGUGUGAAUUUCCUUUUUGGCAAGAAAGAUCAGUCAUCAACUGAAAUAAAUAUGAUGAAUGAAUCAGCAUGUCAGAAAGUGACUGAAUGUACUUCAGAUAUGUUGAUUUCACUUGCCAAUCAACCUUCAUUAGCUUAUUUUCAUAUUCAAGAACAUAUAAGAAAGUCAACUCCUGAGAUUUUAAGAUGUCAGUCAAAAGUUGAACAGUUGAAUACACAAAUCCGUGGAUGUUGUUAUGAUCUUGACUGUGGACUUGAUGCAAUUCAAGGUAUGACUAAAGCGACAACACAUUUCAGUCGAAUUAAUGAACUAUUAAAAUCAAGUCUGUUUACAAAGCUACAGUUGGAUUAUGCACGAAUGAAUACUUCAACUGUUGAACUCGGUAUCGAUCUUGUCUCAUGGGAUCUAAAUGAUGAAGAACUGUUAAGCUUAGGGCAUAAAGAUCCGCAGAACCGAAAAAUGAUACUAGUCAAUCAAGGUGGAGGGGAUGAAUAUCGCUUUAUGAGCCUUGAAAGUACAGGAUCAUCUGAUAAUCAAAGAACAUUGAGUCAUUUAUCUAAUACAGUGUCUACAGCCGCUGUACAAGUACGUGAACAAGCAGUGAAUCUGACUAAAAGAGCCCUAUGGACACGAAGUGCUGAUGUCUCUUACACUAAUGUCCUAUCAAAUCCCACAGAAAUGGUUGCACCGAAAUCUGCAAGCACAUUUGAAGACAAACGCAAAUAUUGAUAGUCUAGUUUAGUCUAGUUGCGGAAAUAAAUGUGGUUAGUGGACUUUGGACAGUAAUUUAUUCAACUUCAAUUUACUCUUAUUGUUGUUAUCGGUUGAGGAAUAUGGUGCUAUUCUAUAUUUUGUACAAAUUCCCAUCUUAUGUAUACAUACACAUGUAUUUUGGAUUAUUAUCAAUAUUCUAUGAGGCAGUAGCAAGUUCUUAUUUA